CCUCUUUCCCCCCUCACGGUCGGGGCGGUGGCGCUGUAGCCGCUGCGGCCUGUGAGGCAGUAACUCCCCUCCGCCCCUGCCCCAUUCCUCCUCCUUUCUCUCCGCUCCCUCCCACCUCCCUCCCCUCGCAGUCCCUCGCCCUAGUGAAUGUGGCGCGGCGGCGCGGGACGCAGCCUCGGCCCCUGCCGCGGCCCCGCGAGCUGGUGAAGAGACGAAGCUGCCCCCUGCUCCCGCCCCCUGCGCGUCUCGGGGAGCCACCACCGCUGGGGAAGGAGAACGAGGAGGGCAGCGGAGGCACGGCGGCGGGAAAACGGGAGAGGGAGGAGAAGAGGGUUCGAGGACUAGUGGGGAAGGCAGGGAGGGACGGACGGAAGGACGGACGGCCCGACGAGGGGGCCGCCAUUGAGCCUGCCAGGCUCUUCGGCUCAGGCUCCGGGUGGCGGCGGCAGCGGCGGCGCGGACGAAGGGCGCGGCAAGCACUGUCGAGACAAUAACCCUGCCGCCCGGCUCUGGGGGCGGCGGAGAGGAAGCGGUGGCGGCCUAGCACGGCCGAGGCUCGCCGAGCGCCCGGGCAGCGUCCUCGCCCCCGCCGGCCGGGUACCGCCGCCGGCCGGUGUGCGGGGCGCGCCAGUUGCCCGGAGCCCUAGGCUCCCGGCGGCGGUCCCGUCCCCUCCCCCUCUCCGGUGCGCGCGGAGCUGGUUUUCCGGGUUCCCCUGGACGGAGCUGGAUCCUGCUUCUCGCCAAGGCAGGAAGUGAGUUUCGCACUGCAAUUCCGGGCGGUGUCACGAGUGAAAAGUUUUUUUUUUUUCCUUCGGCGGAGAUCCUGGUUGGGGCUGGGAAACUCCUGCAAAACUCGAGACCAGGAAGCCAGCCCGCACCCCAACCCCCACCAAAGCCACCUACUCUUCUGCGGGAGGCCAGUCCACAUCCGCUCGCACCCGAGAGAGAAAUUCAGCUGGAUCCAAAGUGACUAAUGAAGGAAAGGAAAUCAUGUCAAACGAAGCCUUGAAAAAGCUGCCCUGAGACGCUGUCCCACCGAAAGAAUGUUGGCUCAAUUAAGAAACAUCAGGGAGAUAAAUUCAACCCAGUGCGUCUAAAAAUGACUACAAAACGAAGUUUGUUUGUGCGGUUGGUGCCAUGUCGCUGUCUACGAGGGGAAGAGGAGGCUGUCACUACUCUCGAUUAUUCUCAUUGCAGCUUGGAACAAGUUCCCAAAGAGAUUUUUAAUUUUGAAAAAACCUUGGAGGAGCUCUAUUUAGAUGCUAAUCAGAUUGAAGAGCUUCCAAAGCAACUUUUUAACUGUCAGUCUUUACACAAACUGAGUUUGCCAGACAAUGAUUUAACAACGUUACCAGCAUCCAUUGCGAACCUUAUUAAUCUCAGGGAACUGGAUGUCAGUAAGAAUGGAAUACAGGAGUUUCCAGAAAAUAUAAAAAAUUGUAAAGUUUUGACAGUUGUGGAGGCCAGUGUAAACCCUAUUUCUAAGCUCCCUGAUGGAUUUUCUCAGCUGUUAAACCUAACCCAAUUGUACCUGAAUGAUGCUUUCCUUGAGUUCUUGCCAGCUAAUUUUGGCAGAUUAACUAAACUCCAAAUAUUAGAACUUAGAGAAAACCAGUUAAAAAUGUUGCCUAAAACCAUGAAUAGACUGACCCAGCUGGAAAGACUGGAUUUGGGAAGUAACGAAUUCACGGAAGUGCCUGAAGUACUUGAGCAACUAAGUGGAUUAAAAGAGUUUUGGAUGGAUGCUAAUAGACUGACUUUUAUUCCAGGGUUUAUUGGUAGUUUGAAACAGCUUACAUAUUUGGAUGUUUCUAAAAAUAAUAUUGAAAUGGUUGAAGAAGGAAUUUCAGCAUGUGAAAACCUUCAAGACCUCCUAUUAUCAAGCAAUUCACUUCAGCAGCUUCCUGAGACUAUUGGUUUGUUGAAGAAUAUAACAACUCUUAAAAUAGAUGAAAACCAGUUAAUGUAUCUACCAGACUCUAUAGGAGGGUUAAUAUCAGUAGAAGAACUGGAUUGUAGUUUUAAUGAAGUUGAAGCUUUGCCUUCAUCUAUUGGGGAGCUUACUAACUUAAGAACUUUUGCUGCUGAUCAUAAUUACUUACAACAGUUGCCCCCUGAGAUUGGAAGCUGGAAAAAUAUAACUGUGCUGUUUCUCCAUUCCAAUAAACUUGAGACACUUCCAGAGGAAAUGGGUGAUAUGCAAAAAUUAAAAGUCAUUAAUUUAAGUGACAAUAGAUUAAAAAAUUUGCCCUUUAGCUUUACAAAGCUACAGCAAUUGACAGCUAUGUGGCUCUCAGAUAAUCAGUCCAAACCCCUGAUACCUCUUCAAAAAGAAACUGAUUCAGAGACCCAGAAAAUGGUGCUUACUAACUACAUGUUCCCUCAACAGCCAAGGACUGAGGAUGUUAUGUUUAUAUCAGAUAAUGAAAGUUUUAACCCUUCAUUGUGGGAGGAACAGAGGAAACAGCGGGCUCAAGUUGCAUUUGAAUGUGAUGAAGACAAAGACGAAAGGGAGGCACCUCCCAGGGAAGGAAAUUUAAAAAGAUACCCAACACCAUACCCAGAUGAGCUUAAGAAUAUGGUCAAAACUGUUCAAACCAUUGUACAUAGAUUAAAAGAUGAAGAGACCAGUGAAGACUCUGGAAAAGAUGUGAAAUCACAUGAAGAUCAACAAGAUAUAAAUAAUGAUGGAGGUGUGAAGACCUCAGAAAGUACAACUACAGUAAAAAGCGAAGUUGAUGAAAGAGAAAAGUGUAUGAUAGGGAACUCUAUACAGAAGAUCAGUGAACCUGAAGCUGAGAUUAGUCCUGGGAGUUUACCAGUGACUGCGAAUAUGAAAGCCUCUGAGAACUUGAAGCAUAUUGUUAACCAUGAUGAUGUUUUUGAGGAAUCUGAAGAACUUUCUUCUGAUGAAGAGAUGAAAAUGGCAGAGAUGCGACCACCAUUAAUUGAAACCUCUAUUAACCAGCCAAAAGUCGUAGCACUUAGUAAUAACAAAAAAGAUGAUACAAAGGAAACAGAUUCUUUAUCGGAUGAAGUUACACACAAUAGCAAUCAGAAUAAUAGCAAUUGUUCUUCUCCGUCUCGGAUGUCUGAUUCAGUUUCUCUUAAUACUGAUAGUAGUCAAGACACCUCACUCUGCUCUCCAGUGAAACAAACUCAUAUUGAUAUGAAUUCCAAAAUCAGGCAAGAAGAUGAAAAUUUUAACAGCCUUUUACAAAAUGGAGAUAUUUUAAACAAUUCAACAGAGGAAGAGUUCAAAGCUCAUGAUAAAAAAGAUUUUAACUUACCUGAAUAUGAUUUGAAUAUUGAAGAGCAAUUAGUUCUAAUUGAGAAAAGUGUUGAUUCAACAGCCACAGCUGAUGACACUCACAAAUUAGAUCACAUCAAUAUGAAUCUUAAUAAGCUUAUAACUAAUGAUACAUUUCAACCAGAGAUCAUGGAAAGAUCAAAAACACAGGAUAUCAUGCUUGGAACAGACUUUUUAAGCAUUAAUUCUAAAGAGGAAACUCAGCACUUGGAAAAUGGAAAUAAGUAUCCUAAUCUGGAAUCCGUAAAUAAGGUAAAUGGACACUCUGAGGAAACUUCACAGUCUCCUAAUAGGACUGAACGACUUGACACUGAUUGUUCUGUUGACUUAGGUAUUUCCAAAAGCACUGAAGAUCUCUCCCCUCAGAAAAGUGGUCCAGUUGGAUCUGUUGUGAAAUCUCAUAGCAUAACUAAUAUGGAAAUUGGAGGGCUAAAAAUCUAUGACAUUCUUAGUGAUAAUGGACCUCAGCAGCCAAAUACAACAGUUAAAAUCACAUCUGCUGUCGAUGGAAAAAAUAUAGUCAGGAGCAAGUCUGCCACAUUGUUGUGUGAUCAACCAUUGCAGGUAUUUACCGGUUCUUCUUCAUCUUCUGAUUUAAUUUCAGGAACAAAAGCAAUUUUCAAGUUUGAUUCAAAUCAUAAUGCCGAAGAGCCAAAUAUAAUAAGAGGCCCCACAGUUGGCCCACAAUCUACACCUCAAAUAUAUGGUCCUCCACAGUAUAAUAUCCAAUACAGUAGCAAUGCUGCAGUCAAAGACACUUUGUGGCACUCCAAACAAAAUCCCCAAAUAGAUCAUGCCAGUUUUCCGCCUCAGCGCCUUCCUAGAUCAGAGAGCACAGAAAAUCAAAGUUAUGCUAAACAUUCUGCCAAUAUGAAUUUCUCUAAUCAUAACAAUGUGCGAGCUAAUACUGCAUACCAUUUACAUCAGAGACUUGGCUCAGCGAGACAUGGGGAAAUGUGGGCCAUCUCACCAAAUGACCGACUCAUUCCUGCAGUAACUCGAAGUACAAUUCAGCGACAAAGUAGUGUGUCCUCCACAGCCUCUGUAAAUCUUGGUGAUCCAGGUCCUACAAGGCGGGCCCAGAUUCCUGAAGGAGAUUAUUUAUCAUACAGAGAGUUCCACUCAGUGGGAAGAACUCCUCCAAUGAUGCCAGGAUCACAGAGACCUCUUUCUGCACGAACAUACAGCAUUGAUGGUCCGAAUGCAUCAAGGCCUCAGAGUGCUCGACCCUCUGUUAAUGAAAUACCAGAGAGAACUAUGUCAGUUAGUGAUUUCAAUUAUUCACGGACUAGUCCUUCAAAGAGACCAAAUGCGAGGGUUGGUUCUGAGCAUUCUUUAUUAGAUCCUCCAGGAAAAAGUAAAGUUCCUCAUGAUUGGAGAGAACAGGUACUUCGACAUAUUGAGGCCAAAAAGUUAGAAAAGAGCAUGCUGUCAAGGUCCUUUAAUUCCAAUUUUACUGCUGUAAGCAGUUUUCACUAUGGCAGCUCUAGGGAUCUGCAUGGCAGCCAGGGCAGUCUUGCCUUGAGUGUUGCAGACGGAAGAGGUUCUGGUGGGCACAUUUUUCGAAUGCCUUUGAGUAAUGGACAGAUGGGCCAGCCUCUCAGGCCUCAGGCAAAUUAUAGUCAAAUACAUCAUCCCCCUCAGGCAUCUGUGGCAAGGCAUCCCUCUAGAGAACAACUAAUUGAUUACUUGAUGCUGAAAGUGGCCCACCAGCCUCCAUAUACACAGCCCCAUUGUUCUCCUAGACAAGGCCAUGAACUGGUAAAACAAGAGAUUCGAGUGAGAGUUGAAAAAGAUCCAGAACUUGGAUUUAGCAUAUCAGGUGGUGUCGGGGGUAGAGGAAACCCAUUCAGACCGGAUGAUGAUGGUAUAUUUGUAACAAGGGUACAACCUGAAGGACCAGCAUCAAAAUUACUGCAGCCAGGUGAUAAAAUUAUUCAGGCUAAUGGCUACAGUUUUAUAAAUAUUGAACAUGGACAAGCAGUGUCCUUGCUAAAAACUUUCCAGAAUACGGUUGAACUCAUCAUUGUACGAGAAGUUUCCUCAUAAGCACUGUGGACAAAAAAAGGGGUGGGGGGAAGACAGCAAGAUUUAUUGGAAGAUACUUGCAGGGGAAAUUAAUAUUUUGACUAUUUUUAUAUAUAAAGAAGAACUCAAAAAAUUAUGUUCAAAUUUGUACAUUAAUGAAGUAAUGGAACUUGUGGUUAGAGGGAAAGAACCACUGUACAGAAUAUAAAGAAGACUGUUGAAUUCAUACCAUAUAAAACUUGUUAGGUUUUUAAACAUAGCAAUCAAGGUUACAAAAACAAACCUGUGUUGUUUUUGUAUAGAUUGUAGGUUUAUUUUUGGAUUUCAUACAUGACUGAACUGUGUGCAAGGCAAUAGUUAGCCUUGAUUUUAGCCCAGAGACAGAUGGCAGAGCUAUCUAUCUCAUAGCUUUUAUGCCCUUAUUUUUAUUCAACUGGUAUUAAUGUUUUUCUCCUGAAACUACUUUUUUUGAUGUGGGCAAGAUAUUUGAAGUGUUGGCUUUUGCUAUGUGCAUAUUGAACUGAAGAGUGAGUAGGUGAAGUUGGUGCUGGUGGAUUCACUUUCCAAGGCCAGAUUAAAACAGUUAUUUUCUAUAAAAAUCUGGAAGCAAAGAAUGGGGACGGGGGGAGCUAUGUGGUAAUAUGUUUUUAUUAAGAGAACAAUGCAAUAAAAUAUGUAAUGUCUUUUUUAAAAAGCAAAAAAGACAAUAAUUGCAUUUUAUGAGCUCUACAGGAUCUGUUCUUGUCAUAGCCAUUGACUAUACAUUUGCUACUGGUGAUUGAGUUUUUAAUUUUUUAGUCACAGGAAAAUUUUAUCUCUACUGUAGAUGCAUGUCCAUGCAUUUUCUGUGUUAUGGAAAUCCCGAUUUUUUUUUCUUCAAAUGGUGGUACUUGCAAUCUGUUUUAUAAUUAGUGCUCCAUUUAAAUCUAAUUUAUAAUUUUUAUUUUAAGCAGCAAAUGAAACAAAAAUGGCCAAUUAUAAGACUGUGUUGCCUGUAACACAAAAUGUAAGAAAGUUUAGUAGGAAAGCCUCUUUUUUCUGUUUGGCCUUGCAUUGCCUUGGUAAAGUAAAAAAGGAAACAGUACGCAUGGAGCUAGGAAACCAAAGUAAGUUUGUGAAACUGGCACAGUGAUAGAGAAUUGCUGUGGAGAGUUGUAGAGCAAAGGGAUGGGUCCUUGAGGCCUACCAGUGUGUAAAGGUGUUCAAAUAAAGGGCUGUUUCUACAGGUAACAUUAAAUGUGAACUCAACACUUCAGAGUCUUUAAAGGGUUUCUACGUGUAUCAGUGUAAUAGUGUUUUACCACCAACUGCCUUUGUUCCUAGUUACUGUAAUAAAUAUUUGAUGAUAAUAGAGGUUUAUUAAUUUUGUUAUCCAGACCAUUAGUUUUUAUUUGUUUUUGUUUCAUGUAAUCAAAUAAAAUUUGAGUAACAUACAAUGGUAAGGAUUAAUGCAUGGUUAUUUGGACCAGAAAAAAGUGCCAUAGAAGACCAAUAACUGUUUAGUUAAGGCUAGUCUGGAACCUUUCAUUAGAGCAAUAUUUGGUUAUUGCAUUUCAUUUUAUUUACUAAAAUGCAAUUUGGGAAUUUUUAAUCUGUUAUGCUUUAUCAACCUUGAUUUUAAUUAAGACUUUUAUAAGACUAGCUUAAAACACCAACCCACAUUAUUUUUGCAAAAGCGAGUUGGACUCAUGUUCCAUUCUUGCUAGUCAGAGUGAAUAGGCAGCACUUUUAAAAAUAUGUGAACUCAAAUAUUGCACUUCUUUCAAGAUGUUAUCAAUUGGUUAUUGUACUGUAUAGUUUUAAUAAUUUUGAUUGAAACCCUUUAACAACUCUUUGUAAAUUUUAACUCAUUUUAGUUGAUUUUCAGUACUAUUUACAUAGGAAUUGAUUUUUAUGGACAUAGUAGAAGAAAUGUGCUGUAUUUUGAUAAAAUUCACUUAUUGUAUGUGUGUUGUAAUCUCUAAAAAAAAAAAAAAAGAAUGACAGCUUCUUUAAGA